CCAUAACACACAAUUAUUUAACAAACCAUUUAUUAGCAUCACUGCAAUUUAAGGAGAGCAUCCGUUCCGAUCCAAAGAGCAUUCGCCAGAAUGGAUCGUAAUAAUGAACCACGCGGCAUUUUGUAGAAAAAUAGCAGACAUGGUGGUUGUGGAGUGAAUGCAUGCAGCGUCCGAGGCUUCUGCAUUAAUGGCGGAAUGCACUCUGAAACGGAGGUAGCUGGGGGGAAUUGAUGAGCCUGAACUGCGAGACCUCAAAAAUCUCAUGACUCGGACUUGAAGAGGUGGAGAUCGUGGAGUUAAGUUGCGUGGGAGAUAGAUUAAAAUAAACUGCGUGACUGCAGCCACCUUCGCUGGUAUUAUUGUUGUUCCCUAUUGGUUAGGGACGGGCCUUUUUACCACCAUUAUUGUCGUUGCAAGUUAAUUAUUGAGCCCCGCUCAGCCUCAGAGGGGAUCGCUUGCCUACCGUACUUUAAUGGCCAAGCAGAGCGUGCUUGUUCCAGGCGGAAGGAAGCAGGCUUUUGAUGCGCACUGCUCAUUCUCGCCUUUAUCUUUUGUUCCCUGCUUUAAAACCCAUCCUUGUCGAUCGGCCCUUGUCGAACCAGCCUGUCGCGUUAGCGGACAAGACGAUGGCGGAGUGGAAACAAACGUCGAAAGAGAUGCCACUUCCGGACGCAGGAAUUUACCUCUGACGGUCUUCGGAUCCGACGCUCGGGGGAAAUUAGGGAUUUAAGCUGCAGCUCUCGGAGUAGGGGCCUGGUUAGGCAGAAGGAGAGAGGCGGCGAUGGGGAAGGAGGAACCCGGUUCCAAGGGACAGGCUUGGUACUGUUUCACCACUGGAUUGCCGAGUGACAUCGCGAUCGAAGUAGAUGGAAUGAGUUUCCAUCUCCAUAAGUUUCCUUUGAUGGCGAGGAGUGGGAGGAUUCAGCGGCUGAUCACGGAGAUGGAGGAGAACCCUAAAAAGACCCCGAGAAGAAGGCAGAACGAAGGAGUUAAAGCAGGGGAGCCGCGAGAGGGCGAUGAAGGAGUAGAGAUCGAGGAGGAGGAAGAAGAAGAAGGGGAAGAGGAGGCGGAGGCUCAUCGACACAUCACACUUGAGGAUUUCCCGGCCAGUUGUGAAGCAUUCGAGAUGGCUGCCAAGUUCUGCUACGGCGUGAAGGUCGACCUCAACCCUUGGAACGUGGCGCCACUCCGCUGUGCAGCGGAGUACCUCGAGAUGACCGAAGAAUUGUUCGAGGACAACCUCGUCGCUCGGACACAGAAGUUCAUCGCUCAAACCGUGCUGCCCAGCAUCCGUCUGGCCAUCAAAACCCUCAAGUCGUGUGAGGAUAUACUUCCGCUCGCCGACGACAUUGGCAUCACACAACAGUGCGUCGACGCCAUCGCGGCCGGCGCAUCUGCCGUGGACACGAACUCCCUCUUCGGAUGGUCGGCCAACGAAGGGUUCCGCGUGGGCAGUGGCAGCGGCGAACAGAUCCUCUGGAACGGGAUAGAAACUGGGAUGCUCCGCCGGAGAAAUGGGCCCCGGUCAUCCUCUUUCGCCGCCGGUGCCGGUUCCUGGUUGGAGGAUCUUGCGAUCCUGAGCCUCCCGAUGUAUAAGCGCGUGAUCGCUGCAAUGAAGACGCGCGAACUGAACUCCGAUGCCAUCGAAGGAUCCCUAAUCUCCUACGCUCAGCUGUCCAUCCCGGGGCUGUCCCGCUCCAGGCGUAGGCACUCCUCUGCGCCGGUCGCGUCCGAAACGGAGCAGCGGGAGCUAUUGGAGACGGUGAUCGCCAACCUUCCUGUGGGAAAGAACUCGACGGCGACGACCUCCUCCGCCUCCGCCACAAAGUUCCUCUUCGGCCUCCUCCGUACGGCGCACAUUCUCCGCGCCUCCGAGACCGCGCGAACUGCUCUCGAGCGCAAAAUUGCGUCGCAGCUGGAGAUGGCGACGCUGGACGACCUCCUGAUCCCAAGUUAUUCCUACCUGGCCGAGACGCUAUAUGACGUUGACUGCGUCGAACGGAUCCUCCGCUACUACCUUGCCGGCAUAGAGGCCGAGCGAGGCGCACCACAUGGCAAAGAAGAAGGGGAAGAGGCGGAAAGGGCUGCGGCGGUGGCGGAAAGGGCGUCUCAGACCGGUUUGCUUAAGCUUGUCGGGAAGCUAGUGGAUGCGUACCUGGCAGAGAUAGCAUCCGACACGAAUCUUAAGGUGGACAAAUUGUGCGACCUGGCGGUUGCACUCCCGGACGAAGCCCGAGUUUACCACGACGGCCUUUAUCGCGCCGUCGACAUCUAUCUCAAGACACACCUGCGGAUGAAGGAGGAAGAGAAGGAGAGGCUGUGCGGCGUGAUGGACUACCGGAAGCUGACGCUGGAGGCAUGCAUGCACGCGGCGCAGAACGAGCGGCUGCCCUUGCGGGCGGUGGUGCAGGUGCUCUUCUUCGAGCAGCUGCAGCUCCGGAGGGUGAUUGCAGGGACGCUGCUGGCGCCGGAAGAGGACGAGAUGGAAGAGGCCGCGGCACCGACAGAGGCGUCAGCAGUGGCGGCAGGGAACAGGGGGAGCGGAGAAGAGGGCGGCGUGUGGCGGGCGGCUAUGCGUGAGAACCAAGUGCUGCGGCUGGACAUGGACAGCAUGCGGAACCGAGUGCAGGAGCUUGAGCGGGAGUGCUCGAGCAUGAAGAAGGAUUUGGCGAAACUGGAUAGUGACAGCGAGGGGGCGCCGGGGGUUGAGAGGGAGGAACGCGAGCGACGUCGGCAGCGACGUGACAGGAGUCGGUUCCGUUGCCGGUUUAGCACGCAGGUGUGCGACUCGCACGAGCGCAACGUGGUUGAGUCAAGGCAAGUGGCCAGGCGCGAGCUGAGCCCUUAGCUCCUCCAUCCGCGCGAUCCAUUUUUUUUUUUAUUUUUUUUUUAUCAAUGAAGCAUGUUAAGUUUCUAGUGGCCAAAAUCAACAUUGAUCUCAUCUCAUAUUUGUCACAGUGCCAGAGUCUCACUUGUGUCGUA